AUGGCUGUGGUUGAGAUUGAAUUGACCAAGCUAAAUAACCUGACGCCACCUUUGUACAGCGGCAAAUUUUACACAAACGACGACAAGGACAACGAGAUCAGUGCUGAACAAGUGGAUGAAAUUGUGGUCGCAGAGGAUGGGGGCUCAAACAAUGUGUACAGCUGCGGCAGAGAAGAUACGGCGGUUGGCACCCAAGGGUCCUUCGAGCUGUAUGAUGAAACCAAUUAUGACAAAAUUUGCACAAUAAAUUGGUCAUGUCCCUACAGCGGCAGCAAUUAUCUGUAUGCCUCGAACACGAACACGAACUAUUCGGUGGGAAUACCGUCAGUCAGCCUGAGUGGACCCAUUGGGUUUGUUGAUAUCAGCGUCGGGGAGGCGUGGUAA